AUGGGUUCCGACCCUCAAUACGCCAAAUAUCCCAACCUCUCCCUCGCCCAAGACAUCUUCACCCUCACCAACCCCUCGUCGACACAAUCAUUACGGCAGACCUCACUCCAAAAGCUUCAAAAUGCUAUCUCCGAGCACAAAAUGGCGCCCCUAUACCGGUACCUCGCACAUCCAGCGGAUGGUAUCCUGAACGCCUCAGGCGAAGGAACUGCACGAAAGACCGCCGUACCUGCUUCGCGGAAACCAAAUGGAGCCGCAAGUAUGGUGGCACGACGAAGGAGCAGCGGAACUUUCAACUUCCCGUGGGAUGAUGCGCUCUACGAGAAGCUCAAGGCCGAGAACGAGGAGGAGCUAGAAACUUUCCAGAAAGAGGAGGAAGAUGCUGAGGAGAAAGCGGGUGAAACAGAGGUCCAAGCGGCAAAGGGAAAGAGAGCGGAGUUCUGGGCCAGAGUGGGUGAUAAGGAAAAAGCCCUCGCCUCAUACGAAGCCGUCUUCGAGAAAACUGGCAUCCUCGGCACAAAAAUCGACCUCGUCCUUGCCAUUAUCCGCAUUGGCAUCUUUUUCGGUGACAGACUAGGGGUAAAGAAGAACGUUGACAGAGCGAAAAGCCUUGUCGAAAGCGGCGGCGACUGGGAUCGUCGAAAUCGCCUGAAGGCAUAUCAAGGCUUACACUUACUCACCACACGCUCAUAUACCCUUGCCGCCCCUCUGCUUCUCGACUCCCUGUCCACCUUUACAAGCUACGAACUCUGCUCCUACUCCUCACUGGUCGUCUACUCCGUCCUCGCAGGCUCGGUAUCGCUAAAGCGCGUGGACUUCAAGACCAAGGUCGUUGAUGCUCCAGAAAUCCGCGCUAUCCUCGGCGAUGGCGAAGAGAAACUCUCGGCUCUCUCUGGCGCAGCAGCAGCUGGCCCCGGCGCAGGCGAUGAAGAAAUGAAAGACGCAUCAUCCGCUACACCGAAGCAAGCAUCCACCGCCGUCAAUCUGACAGCCCUAGGUUCAUCAACAGCGCCACAAGAAGCCGAAGCGCCGGUCGAUUUCACGCCGUUAGCAGGUCUGAAGCGAAGUCUAUACGAUGGCAACUACCAGUCCUUCUUUCUCGCCCUCGCAGCCGUCGAAGAGAACUUCCUCAGUCAAGAUCGCUAUCUAUACGAGCACAAGGGAUGGUUCGUACGAGAGAUGCGGCUGCGAGGAUACCAGCAGCUACUGCAGAGCUAUAGAGUCGUAGGCCUAGGCAGUAUGGCUCAUGACUUUGGUGUUUCCGUUGAUUUCCUCGAUCGAGACUUAGCAAAGUUCAUCGCGGCAGACCGCAUACCCUGCACCAUCGACCGCGUCAACAAGAUCAUAGAAACCAACAGGCCAGACGACAAGAACAAGCAAUACGCGGACGUGGUCAAGCAGGGAGACGGGCUGAUUACGAAGCUGCAGAAAUACGGACAGGCCGUGAGAUUGAGGGGAAGCGAGAGGGGAUGA